UUUUGCCAUGCCAUAAAUAGAAAGCUAGACAUUUCAUCCCAGUUUGGCUUGUUCUUGGAACUUCUUUCUCCAAGAGUAGAUAAAUUUGGUUGGACACAUGGAUUUGUAAAAGUCUGUAUCAGCCGAAGGCCCUCCUUUGAAUGAGAUUGGCUGAUUUCGAUCUUGAUUCUUUCCUUUUUGUUCUUUCAAUUGAAGGAAAUAAAAAUAGAACAGGCUUAAACUGAUUUAGACUUUUAGUGUGCUACUGUUUUUCUGUAAUUUGUUUAAAUCUACUUCCUCCAAACAGAUACCGAUGGUGACCAAUCAUCGUUGGGUUGCCUUUAUCCAUCGAUGCAAAUCUUGUGGGAGGUCAGACACCGAGGGGGUUUCUCUUGUCCUCACUGACUCUCUCUUUUUUUUUUUUAACUGAUACUUUGUUUGCAGACAUUUUUCUGUGCAUCUUUAUGGAGCACAUCACACUAGUACUCUUAUGUGAAGAGAGGAAGUGCACCACAACAGGUCUAGAGAAGGUAACAAGAUGGAAAUUGUGAAGGGGAUGAAGUGCAAAACUCGAACCUCACCUGCUACUUUGCAAGUUUAGCUUUCUUACAAUGUUGUCAUGUCUGGGGAAGGCAAGAUGGUGAUGCCCAACAACAACCGUAGACAGAACGCGCGGAACUUCAUCGCACAUCCUGGUGUUUAUCUGCCGACAGAUCAGAGGCCUCGCUUCGUUUGGCCAUCACACCUUUACAGGUGUAUUGUUAACCAACCUCCUGGUGCCGAUGAAGCUUUGAGAAGAAAUCAACAAAUGGCAUACAAUCCUUCGGUGGUAAAUGGCAGAUGAAGGCGAUGAUAUACAACAUAAUUGAAGCACAAACACAAGAAAUCCUCUCAUUCAUGGAAAAACAAACAUCCACAGAGAAACACGAAGUGACCAACGAAGGUGGAAAUGGAAGGCCUACAUUCUUAAAGCUAGAUCAAAAAGGAAAGAUGGAAGUACUGCUCAACAAUUUAACUGAAGACUGGACUGAAUCAUCUGGAGCUAAAGAUGACUAGAGCUGUGUGAUGCAUUCAGAUAAUAAAG